CAAAUUACAGAAGGUAUAAUUGAAACAAGGUCAGUAGUGUUUGUCAGUGUGUUACAGCUGAGGGCAUUGGAGCGUUAAGGGCUUUGUAAAUGAAGGCUUUCUGACUGCAAGCAAUCAAAGACGGUCCAGAAACUGCAGUUCAACGAAUGGCUGGCUUAUUUCAAGAGGUACAGUUUUUAACAGAAGUAUCUUGUAGAAAUUAGGACAAAGACUGCAACUUUUUUUGGCUUUUACUGUUGUGAUGUACUAGCUCUAGGUUCUGGGCAGCUGCCUGUAGCCUUUCUGCUGAAGGAUCUUUGUGGUUUGCAUUUGCUAACAUGCGUGGAAAUAAGAACAAAUGGCACGACGGUUAAGAUUGCAUUUUGCUACCCAACGAAGCAACACAGAUCCGUUAUCGGAAACCUCUGAAGAUGUUUUGGAUUGUAACAAUCCUAUGUACAUCAAAAAAUUGCAGAAUUCUGCACCUAAUGUUACACAAACGAAACUGACUCCUAGACAAGUUGCUUGUGCACCUGUAAUGCAACAAGUAAUCAAUCCGGCGGAAAAUGCAACUCUUUCUUCAUUGCAAGUAAAAAGGAGCACCUCGCUGCACAUUUCCCUCCAGUCUAGAAAAUCUAGUGGAUGUUUUCGAUCUGAUGAUGCUGAAGCUACUGGCGAAGAGACUUCAUUCAUUGGUAUCAGUAACGAAGGAAAUUGUGGCCCUAGAAUUGUGGUUGAUCAUCAAUCUAAUGAUAGCUUUCUGAGCAAUACUGCUCUGUGCAAUGGCAGCCUUAGCAGCAUUGCGGCCAGUGACAGCGGAUCGUUCAGCAGCGCUGGCAGUGACUAUGGAUCAUGUGCAAGUACCACAAGCGAUGGAGGUUCGUAUUGUAACAGUGUCAUCAGUGACAACGGUAGUAGUGCUCUUUUGACAGGUGAUGGUCCUUUCUGUAGUUGUGUCGUUCAUGGGGAUUCUUCAUAUAGAAGCACUGCAAACAGGUGUAAUCCCUACAGGAAUAACUCAUCUCAGGAAGCUCUGUGUAGAAGUAAUGCUACUUUUGACCAAGAUGCUUUGUCAGUGAGGAAGAAAACUAAAAUUCCACUGCGACGUUGUUCAUCACUGGUUAUUUUCCCUAGGAGUCGUUCCAGUACUCCUCCAGCUUCUCCGGUAAGCUCAGGUCAACUACCACAUAGGGGUGCCUAUCAAACAUCCCAUAAACUCAUUAUUUCUCCUAGUGAGCUGUCAGAAAAAGAAGAUAAAACUGUUUCCAAGGGAUUUCUUUCGACAGCAGUCAGUGGACUUCGACUGUCCAAGACAGCUUGCUCUUCUGGUGAAGUCAGAGACAUUCGACCGCUUAACUUGAAUACAUCAUCACGGGACAAAAGUCUCAUUUUGAAUAGUUCUGAGCGGGCAGCUUGUGAAGAGGUAUCUGAUGGCUUCUCAUGUAUUUCAGUUCAUCUCACUCAAAGAGCAUGUGCAUCGAGCAGUGAAAUGGUUAAUGGCUGUUGCAGUCCAGAGUUAAAUCUGAUGUCCAGUGCAAAAUACCCUCAUUUAAAACUGGCACGUAGCACAUCUGUGUGUUUACCCUCAAAAAUAGAUUCAGCAUAUCAGAUUAAUAUAAAUGAACCAGAAAGACCAAAUGAACAGCUGAGCAAAACCCAGCAUGUUUUGCAAAGAAGUGUUUCAUUGGAAGGAUCACACCAAAAAGUUUCUUGCUGUUUAUCCAGCCUUAAAUACAAGUGUCAGAGUGCAAGGACGUCUCAGUUGCACAUACAGUUCAAACCUGGGAAUGAAGGAAAACCAACGGGUGUUAAGAAAAGAUACGGAACCUCUAAAAGGGAAAUGUCUGGUACUUCUUUGUGGAGGCCCCAGAAGACUCGAGAUGAUUUUCUUGGACAAGUGGAUAUUCCUCUUUAUCAGUUACCGACAGAAAAUCCAAGUAUGGAGAGACCAUAUACAUUUAAGGAUUUUGUUCUUCACCCAAGAAGCCAUAAAUCAAGAGUUAAAGGCCACCUUAGAUUAAAAAUGACAUACUUACCUAAAAGCAAUGGGUCUGAAGAAGAAACCACAGAACAGGCUGAAGAAUUGGAGCCUGGGUGGAUUAUAUUGGACCAACCGGAUGCUGCUAGCCAGCCACAACAGCAGCAGCAGGAAUCGCCUCCGCUGCCUUCAGGCUGGGAAGAAAGGCAAGACAUCCUCGGCAGGACCUACUAUGUCAAUCAUGAAUUCAGAAGAACACAGUGGAAAAGACCAACUGCUCAGGACAGCGUGGCUGUUGCGGAUAUCGGUAGUGUGCAAUUGGAGGCCCAGCAUGUGUUCACUCACCGGCGACAGAUAUCAGAGGAUACAGAAAAUCUAGACAGCAGAGAUUCCCCCGAGAGCUGGGAAAUUAUAACUGAAGAUGAGGCCACAAUGUAUAGCAAUCAGAACCUUCAAAUACCUCUCUCUCUGAGUAAUUGUGAUAUACAGACUCAUCUUGCAGAAGAAUUGAAUACUAGACUAACUACCUCUGGAAGUUCAGCUACUGGCCAGUCAGUGGCCUACACUAACCAUUCCAGCAGAAGAGGUAGUCUGCAAACAUACCGAGUUGAAGAGCAGCCUGCGCACCCAGUGUUACUACCUACUUCAUCUGGGUUACCCCCAGGCUGGGAAGAAAGACAAGAUGAAAAAGGGAGGUCGUAUUAUAUAGAUCAUAAUUCUAGAACCACUACUUGGAUAAAGCCGAUGGUACAGGUUGCUGUGGAAACGGGUCAGUUGUCGGCUGCACAAAGUAUUUCUAUGGGAAGACAACCACAAGCAACAUCGAGUGAUUCAUCACAACAGUCUUCUCAUCAGCAGCCUGAAAUGGAGCAAGGGUUUCUCCCUAAAGGCUGGGAAGUCCGACAUGCACCCAAUGGGAGACCGUUCUUUAUUGACCACAACACCAAAACUACAACAUGGGAAGAUCCAAGACUGAAAAUUUCUGCUCAUCUGAGGAGAAAGACUUCCCUAGAUCCGGUAGACCUGGGCCCAUUACCACCAGGUUGGGAAGAGAGAACUCACACAGAUGGAAGAGUAUUCUUCAUAAACCACAAUACAAAGAAAACACAGUGGGAGGAUCCUCGACUGCAGAAUGUGGCAAUAACUGGACCAGCCGUGCCUUACUCCAGGGACUACAAGCGGAAGUACGAGUUCUUCAGAAAGAAAUUGAAGAAACAGAGUGAUAUUCCAAACAGAUUUGAAAUGAAAAUUCAUCGCACAACAAUCCUUGAAGAUUCGUAUAGAAGAAUUAUAGCUGUAAAGAGAGCAGAUUUCCUUAAAGCAAGACUUUGGAUUGAAUUUGAUGGUGAAAAAGGUUUAGACUAUGGAGGAGUGGCCAGGGAAUGGUUCUUCCUUCUCUCUAAAGAAAUGUUUAAUCCUUACUAUGGAUUGUUCGAAUAUUCAGCUACAGAUAAUUACACUCUGCAGAUCAAUCCAAACUCUGGACUUUGCAAUGAGGAUCAUCUCUCCUAUUUCAAGUUUAUAGGUCGUGUAGCUGGAAUGGCUGUUUAUCAUGGCAAACUUUUGGAUGCCUUUUUUAUUCGUCCUUUUUACAAGAUGAUGCUCCAAAAACCAAUAACGCUUCACGAUAUGGAGUCUGUGGAUAGUGAGUAUUACAAUUCUCUGAGGUGGAUUCUUGAAAAUGAUCCAACAGAACUGGACCUCAGAUUUAUAGUUGAUGAAGAACUUUUUGGUCAGACCCAUCAACAUGAACUGAAAAACGGUGGAUCAGAAAUAGUCGUCACCAACAAGAACAAGAGAGACUACAUUCAUCUUGUAAUUCAGUGGAGAUUUGUGAGCAGAGUACAGAAGCAAAUGGCAGCCUUUAAAGAGGGCUUUUUUGAAUUAAUACCACAGGAUCUGAUUAAAAUUUUUGAUGAAAAUGAGCUAGAGCUAUUAAUGUGCGGACUGGGAGAUGUGGAUGUGGCUGAUUGGAAACUACAUACGAAAUACAAAAACGGCUACAACAUAAACCAUCAAGUAAUACAGUGGUUCUGGAAGGCAGUCUUAAUGAUGGACUCUGAGAAGAGAAUAAGAUUACUUCAGUUUGUUACUGGCACAUCACGCGUACCUAUGAAUGGGUUUGCUGAGCUGUACGGUUCAAACGGACCACAGUUGUUUACAGUUGAACAGUGGGGUACCCCUGAAAAACUGCCGCGAGCUCAUACCUGCUUUAAUCGCUUGGAUUUGCCUCCAUAUGACUCCUUUGAAGAUUUAUGGGAUAAACUUCUUCUAGCGAUUGAAAAUACUCAGGGGUUUGAUGGGGUUGAUUAAGACACAGACAGUCCAGUGCUGCCAUUUCAUUUUAAGGGUUUACAAACAAAUCUGAAUUUUCCAGGGACUACCACUGUAUUUAGUCACAUGGCUAUUGAAUCUUCAUAGUAUCACUUGUAAAGUAAGUAUUAAAUUCACUAACUUCUGAAAAGGUAUUUUGCCAUUUCCACAGUUUUUGUGUACUUUGCUGGUAACUACAACAUAGAGAUUGGAUGGGCCAGUGCCGCGUCAGUCAAAAACUGAAGUGCUUUUAAGCAGUUGCCUCUUCUGCAGUAUUUGUCGGACCGUCCUGCAGUAAACUACUGAAGUAAAACUGUGAAGAAAUCUUUGCAGAGGGUGUAAAUUUGAAUUGCUGCUUUAAGAGGAGCAACUGAAAGUGUUAAACCUUUUAUUUUUUAAGAAACAAAGCAACAAAAGCCACAAAACAAAACCAACCAACUUCAUGUAAGGUAAUACCAUUCUCUGUGCUGCUUCAGGCUCCUCGCUGCGGAUCUGCCAAAAGCACCUUACGAUUCAGCGUAGCAGACGAAACAGUGGAAAGUCUGUUUGCAUUAUCAGCUGUCAGUUUGCAGAACGUGACUUGCUGAAACGUUUUAUUUGCUAGAUCUUUGUUUCUCACUCGCUCUUGUUAAAACUGUAACAAAACCAGAAUUUUUAUAUAAAUAGAUGAGCAGCAUAAUUCUGAACUGUAAUGGGAAUGUCCAUUUUUUGUCUGAAUUUGUAUACGGUCAUUGGUUUAUUGAGUGCUCAUCACUUUUUUGAUAAAUUUGUAGUUCAACAGUGGAUAAUAUUUUCAAUUCAGCCUUUUGCAACAGAUUAAAAUGAAAUUUGUAUGGAUAUCACUCAGUAUUAGUUACUGGUAGUUAGAGGCCUUUAUUAUCCAUUCUUGCAGUAUUGCACUACAUAACAAUAAAGAACAUGUUUACAGGGUUUUCUGGGCCAAAUUCAGCAGUCUGAUGCGCGUGAGCCUCUCUGUAUGCCACGGAGGUUGCGCGCAUGUAACCAGGUGCAGAAUUUGGUUCUGUAAUUUAAUGUUUACAGGUUAUGCUAGUUUCUAUAGCUGUGUUUUUAUAUUUUUUUCUUCCACUUUUAGUCUAGAAACCAAAUUUGUUAAUACAGUAUAACCAAAGUCAUAACCUACAAUGUGCAAUUUAUUGUAGAUCAACUUGUCAUAUAAGUUUUGUUUCUUUUGUACAUGUGGGUAAUUUUUUGUAUUGAUGUUAACACUUUUUCUGAGCAAGCGCUGAUUAAAUUGAUUAGCUAAGUUGGUUCUAAAAGAAAAAAUUGGUUUAUAUACCUGGCUUGCUCCAUUUUAACAUUUUAUUACCAAUAUGAUCUGAGGAAAUGACAGUAUCUAGCUUUGGCCAGCAAAUUGCUGUUCACACACAGUCUUUAUAAAUAUGCAAGACAGAAGUGUAGCACAUCUCUCUAUAAAGAUAUGUAAAUUAUGUAACAGAUGUAAUGGGUCUUAAGGGAUAUUUAAAAUCCCCCUUUGUUUUAUUCUUUGACUAGGUCAGUAGGGCUGAGAAUAUUACGUGUAAAUGAAGGUAACUUAUACAAUUUUCCCAAAUCUAUAUGCAGUUUUGUAAAACAUGAAUGCUAUAUCGGUAAUUCUGUACAGAUUUGAAUGUAGCAGGUUUUGUUGCAUACUUUAAAAUAUAAAAUAAGGAUCCUGAGAGCAGUAAA